AUGGAUCCUGGCCCUGUGUGCGCCCUGCAGAUCCAGCGGAAUACCCUGUACAUCCUAGAGUCGGUGGCGGUAAAUAGACCAUGCCACACGGUUCCUUCGCAACAUCACACCGACUGCAAUGCCAAUCCGUCUUCACUGCAGCCGCCAAAACCGCCACGGGGCUCUGUUGGUGUUGGUACUACAGACUGCGCACCUCUCUUGCCUCCUCGCCUACAUGAACUUGCGAGAAAUUCACCUAGCAACCCACCGAGUGUUCAGAACAUAGUUAGUGACUCGGAGCCCGUCCAUCAACCUACCGAAGAACCCAAGCCUCUCGACUCGGAUGCUGAACACGCAUACGACGUCGAUUCGCAUCUUAAAGUCGCGUCUCCCCUCGACCGGGUUUCAGUUUUUGCAGCUGCAUGUUCGGAGGAACCCCCCGUUGCUGAGCGCGUCCUCAAACCACACGGAGGGAGGUCAGGUGACGGCGAUUUGCCUCACGUCAAGAUACUACUGUGUGGAGACCCUGAUGAUUAUUAUUCUAACGCUGAUAUCAAGCGCUUCAAGAAGGAUUGCCUGAAAUGUUCGUUCUCACUCUACCAUGUAAAAGGCGCUCGUCGUCGUAACAUUAGGGUAUGCUCAAGAAAAGGGACCGUACGCGAGCAAUUCGGCUGGUUUUUUAACCCAGAGGACAUCGCUCCAGGAGGAUUGUUGAUCUUGUGCAUCAUCGGGCAUGGUGAUCUACAUACCGAAAUCAACAAACUUCAAGUUCCUUGCACUCUCGAGGUAGUGUUUGCGACUUGUAGUUCCGAGGUGAUCAUUUCUGGACUCGAUCAAUUGUUGGUGAUGGAGAUUUCCGAAACCCGCGAUGGUGCCCUAAACCCACUGUCUCUGUCGAGUCAAUUACUCAAAGGUCUUCAUAGUCCUUGUGUACCCAAGUUAUCAACCAAAGCGAUUAUUGUCGUGUGGGCAGCGGCUGUUGAUAGAGGACCUGCUUAUGAAGAGGAUAAUCUUCCUGGAAGGGAAGGAAAGCAUGAUGUUAUGAUUGGGGCAAUGUGCCGAGCUCUAGAGGCUGCCGGCCAAACUUUACCUCGAAGAAUGCUCUUUGAUAAAAUCAGGGAGGCGGCGAUCGAAUAUAACACCGUACGCGAUGAGAAUUAUUUCAGCAAGACUGAAGUCGAACAGUAUUAUGCGUGGAAAAGUGGCCAAUAUCGCGGAAGGCAGCGUGUAUGUUUAUUGGGCUCUACAGGAGACCGGGGAAUUAUUCUCAACACGCCCGCUUUUCAGGCCAUCGGAGAGGGGGGGAACAACGUCGUUGAAAACGGUCAAUACCUAAGUUGA